AUAUAUAUACCUGUGUGGAUAAUAACCGGGUGUAGAAUGAAAUCGUUGUGCAGCCCUACCUGUCUGGCCAGGGAUUAGUAUUUACCUGGGCUAAUUCUGGAUUAUAAGACCAUGCUACUGUGUUAAUUUCAGCACAGUUGGUUGUUAUACAGUCACAGACUAAUGAGCAAACGUUAGCUGAAUUAGUUAGUGGGUGUUAAUUACUGUCCUUGUCCUAUCAGGCACAGGUAGGUGUUGUGGGUAGGAUCUGCUGUUGGACCCCCAUCACAACAAUCGGUUUUACCUGGACAUGUAUGGGAUGGUCAUAGACAACAACAACUACGAGUUACCUGCAGGCUAUUUUUGGACCUAUGCUCCAUUGAACAUAUUCGGGAAUGAAUGUACUGUAUUAGGACGGCAGCCAUGUUGGAAUAAGAUAGGUCAAUGUAACGCUCUCAGCUCACCUCAACAACUCAUACCUGUAGGAGGGUAUAUUGUUUACUAGAAACAAUAGAAACUACACUCAGUGACAUCUGGACGUGUAGGACACAGCGUACAUGUGUGAUAUACCUGGAAAAUAUCUGUGUGAUUAGGUUGGAUGAAUCAUGCCUGACUCAGGUAUGACAAUAUGGCAGAGCAUGGCAGAUUUACCUAUGAUAGUAACGAGGAAGACUGGGAUAUACCUGCUCUAGAAUACAUCAACUCUCAACUAGAGAGCUACCUCAAGAUGUUGCCGGGAGGUGUUGACCUGACGUUGAGUGAGCUCCAGGAAAUGGCGUCUCGCCAACAACAGCAGAUUGAGCACCAACAACAGGUCCUGGUAGCCAAGGAACAACGCCUAAAGUACCUCAAACAACAGGAGGCUCGUCACCAACACAUCGCUGCUGAAAACGACAGACUUAAGAAACUGCGGGAGAAGGUGGAAAAUCAGGAAAUGAAGUUAAAAAAGUUACGUGCUCUCCGUGGGGAGGCUGAGAAAUACAAAAACAACAACGGAUCUAUCAAUUCGGAGUUGGAAAGUGUGAAGUCCCUGUUCAGUGAGAAGGAAAAGGAGCUGGUCAUGGCUGUGGCUAAAGUAGAGGAGCUGACCCGUCAGUUAGAGGAUAUCAAACACGACAAGGAUUCGGUCAGCAAAACAGCUGGUCAGAGUGCAGCCAAACUUGAACUAGACAAACUUAAAAAGGAAUUGAUGGUCAGUUUUCAUAAUUUAGAGAGCCAAAUGAAUUCAGCCAUUUGUGUACUUGGUGUAACUNAUAAACUGAAUGAACAACAAAGUAGCAAACUGAAGAAUCACAAGGAUAUGUUGAAGCAGCGAAAAGAUGAAAUUUCUAAAAUGGACAACAGAAUAUUGGAGUUGCAACAAAGACUGAAAAAGAAACGUGCCCAGCAGGCUGAACAACAGAAAAAACUGGCCAAUCAGCAGUCAGAUAACAAAUCGGGGAAUAAACCGACGCGGAACAAUGUGGCAGCUGUGGAACCUUACGUACAAAUUGUGCCAAAAGAUCAAUUAAAUGGAAAUGUAGAUCCAACUUUCCAUAAAGCAGAUCCUAAAUAUCAGUCGUUACCUGUGAGUUCAAAGUUUGUGAUGAAUUCUUCUGAUGAUACCUCCAAAAAACAGCUUAAAUCUGUUGAAAAUGUGCCUGAGCCUAAUAAUAAUACAGUGAUGAAGGGACCAGAGGAACUCAAGUCUAAAACCUUAACAGCAAAAGUUGAUCCAUCAAAAAGUGUGCCAAAAGAAAAUGGGUAUGCCCCAUCUGAACAUGUUCAUAAGGAGACAAGGCAAACGCCAUCACAACCCCAGUAUUCAACGUCAGGGCAGCAACAAGGUAAACACCCUCCGCCACCAAUCCCUGCUCGUGCAGGUACAACAAAUUUGACUUAUCUUACGGCAAGGCCGUUUGGGUCAACGUACAGUACCUCUGUGCUAAACAGGGGUCCAAGUGACCAACAGGGGGGUCCUACAAUCACAAUAGCGGAGGACAUACGUACUGGGGGCAGUGGACAAAGUUCACCUGCAUCAAGUGACAGUUCUCAAAAAGAAAACAGUGCUUACCCCUCUGACCAUCAAUCCACAAACCGUUCGGAGAAACAGACUCCUUUGCUUAAUGGGACAAACGGUUCUAAUACUAAUAACGGUGCUUCUACACGUCAUGGAGGGCCAAACAAACACCCGCCCCCCUACCCGGGGGGCUCUGUACCCCCAAAUAAACAACAAGGGGCACCUCCUCCCUACCCCCAUUCACAGCAAAAUGCACGUUCCUAUGAUCAAACAGAUUCCAUGAAGGACACCAACAGUAAUAAUGGGUCUGAUUCUUCUCUCAACAGUGAUUCAGGGAGCAGUUCUAAACAGCAGCCUAAAUACAAAUACGCCUCUAAAAAUGUGAUAGCCAACACAUACAUGGGUAAGCUGGGCCCUGAGGCCCUGAAAAAGUACCAACAAAACAUCAACAUGAUGUAUACAAAUAUAUCCAAGAAAGAUGGUGCAAAAACAAAUAAGUCCAGUGAGGACAAAUCUCACACAAACACGAAUCAAAAACCACCAAACAGUGCUAACUCAUUAUCACCACCGUCAAGUUCAGCCUCCCAGUCACUGUCACCACCAGUGAGUUCCCCUAAGGGAGGUAAGCCUAGUUCACCUCCAACCUCUCCACAAUAUACAGACAUUGCUUCUGAUAAGGUCAGUCACAAUCGGCAUACACAUAAACAUGUAAACCUUCGCCGACGGCACUCUGACAGUGACAAUGAAGACAUCACAAAAUUACUUCACAAGUAUGUGGACCGCUACAAGAACCAGUCGGGGUACACAUCCCAGGAGACCGGGGAGGGACGUCACAUUGGAGGGUAUGACACUCAGGCCACGUCCUUCCAAGACCAAGUCCCUGAGGACGUCCCUGUAGAUGGAAUGGGUAACCUCAUUGACCUAUCAGACAAGGGCAAGCCAGCGGACGGCUCAGAUGGAAGUAAAACAUCUAGUCCUGCCAGUCUUCAGAUUGUCACAUCUGACCAACCAGUAAAGAAAAAGACAAACCUGAAAAACCGUAAUGCUAAAAAGUCAGGGAAUCGUGUGAGCUUUGAUCCUCUGGCCCUGCUGCUGGACUCCUCACUGGAGGGAGAACUGGAACUGGUCAAGCGCUGCGCCUCUCAGGUCCAUGAUGUGAGUGAGCCCAAUGAUGAGGGAAUCACGGCUCUACACAACGCCAUCUGUGCUGGACACUAUGAGAUCGUUAAAUUCCUUGUGGAGUUUGGCUGUGAUGUAAACUCACCUGACAGUGAUGGCUGGACUCCUCUUCAUUGUGCAGCCUCCUGUAACAACCUACCCAUGGUGAAGUUCUUGGUGGAGCAUGGUGCCUGUAUCUUCGCCACCACCAUCAGUGACCAGGAGACGGCUGCUGAGAAGUGUGAGGAGGAGGAGGAUGGCUUCGACGGCUGCUCCGAGUACCUAUACAGUAUUCAGGAGAAACUUGGGAUCAUGAACAAUGGAGCAACCUGGGCAGUGUUUGAUUACGAGGCGAUGAACAGCGAUGAGCUGAGUUUCACCAUCGGGGACAAAAUAAUGAUCCUAAGAAAGGGAGACGAGAAGGAAAAGGAAUGGUGGUGGUCCAAAAUGGACAAAAAAGAUGGCUACAUACCAAGGAACUUACUGGGGUUAUAUCCUCGUGUGAUACCACAAGCUGGAGAAUCCGACAGCUGAGACCAAGAAAACCUCCGACAAAUGCAAUAUAUUCACCAAGUGCUAUAGAUGGAAUUGAUAAUAGGGCUUACUGAAAGCAGAUCUUUACAAGGUGCAGAUUUCAGCUCAUCAGGCAAACUUUUAAAAUGAUACUCCAAAUAGGCCAUAAUGCUUCUCAACAAUGAAAAGGAUUUAUUUCAUCAAUAAGACAUGAUAUUGCAAAAUUUAUACAAAAUUUUUAAAAAAAGAAAAAAAUCAACAUGAACAUUUCAUUUGUCAUAAAAAAUUAUAUCAGACUAACUUAUAGCAUAGUUCUGUAAUAUUUAUCUUUAGAAAAAGUUCUCGGAAAAAUCUGCAGCUACUCAGUAGAUUAACUGCUAUUUUUAGAUAUUAUUAUUUCCUUAUUUUUCAUUCCUAUUUUAACUCUACCUCCCGAGAAGUUCUGAAUUGUAAAAUUGAAAAAAGGGAGAUACAUACAUAAAUAUAUAAAUGAGAUGAUUUACCUUUAAAGCCAUAGAAGUUUGGGCAAUGUUGGAUUGAGAUCAUUUCUGGAAGAAGUUGACCAAUAAUGAGAUUGCAUCAAAGAUCUGCUUUCAUCAUUUUCGAAAACUUUCGACAUGUUUCAAGAGAGAUGAUGAAUGUGACUUGUAGGUAUUUAUUUGUUUACGUUAAAUUAUUAGAAGCGAGGGACAAUUAUGAAAGUGUGUAUGAUGGUGAAAGUUAGCUUCAGAAUGCCUGCAUGUCAGAUAAUAGUGCAAUAUCUUCCUCAUACUGUAAAUAUUGUAUAUAUCAAAUCCAUACCAAUAAUUAUCUCAUUUAUAUUCAUUCCACUUGUAUUGAAAUCUCUUAGUACUUUCUUAUGUCAGAUAGAUCCGUAUUGUAUCAUUUUAUCUGUUGAUUGAUCAAGACCCUCAUUAGUGUUGUGCUAAAGUUAUGUAGAUUUUUUUUCGUUUGAAAGAAAGUCAAGGUUUAUUUUAAUAUAUUACAAUAUAUAUAUAUAUUCAAU